ACACUGUCCCUGCUAGUUUUCUAAGUUUACUGCAAUCUCUGCACAGGGGGAGGGAGAGAGAGGGAGAGACAGAGAUUACCAACAUGAGAGCAGGUAGAGAGUUUAGGGCAAGACUCCUUCCAGCUUCAGCAACUGAAGGAGAGCUUGGUCAUCUUCUGGUGCAGUGUUUCUUCAAGCUGCAGCUCUCUGAAGUGCAGGGUCCUCUGCGGGACGCCUGCAGCCCAGACAGAUUGGCUCCACAUGCUGGGCAGGCAUGGUGGAGGGCCGUCAGGCAGCUCCAGCUGCCCUGCUCCCGCUCCCACUGGGGCACCUGCCUGUGCUUCCAUGCCGGGACAACCCUCUGCUCCCACCCCUUGCUGAGCCAAACAGUGGAAAGGAUUUUCUCCCCCCUCAACCUGGUGUCUUUCUGCAAGUUUUUGCGUAGGAAGGAGUGAUCUACCCCAAAGUCAGCCUGAUUUCUGGGUGUCAUGAAGAGGAGAGUUUUGGCUGAUGUGUUAUCCUUAUCCCACAUGCUGAGAUAUUUACAAGCAGAGAAGGUUAUAGACUGAAGCUGCGUUGAGUGCAGAUCUACUACCAGCUUAUGGCACAAAUUAAAUAUUUGUGAAAUGAAUUUUCAGUUAUUCACCUCAAUGUUAUAAAAAACCCCUCUAAAUUUGAAGCAAUGAACCAAGACUGAAAAGAGAGAGGCUCUGUUUAUUUUCCUUACAGUCUUAUUGCUUCUAUUGCUAAAAGCCAUAUUUAUGUAUAUAGCAUACAUAAGUAGACCGUCAGUGUAUAUGUUUACCUAGAGAAUUAAAGCCAUUAUUUCCAUUUGAUUUGUUCUCAAUUAUAAUGAAAAAGAAGACACAGAGAUUUUGCUUUUGUUCUGAAAAACAAAAUGAAAACUACACUAAUACUGGCAAAGAUGUUCCAAAAAUAAGUUGCAGCCCAUGGAAAUCCCAAGUUAACAGGUCUGAUUUAAAAACCAGAAACUGAUAGAAAUCUUUCUGCAAGUGUCAAUUGCCUUUUUAUUUUUAGGAUCAGCUUCUUUAAUGGUGGAAACUGUUGAGAACAUGAGUUUUGGAUGUAGAAUAGUAGCACUGAAUUACCUCCCUAGUAAUAUUUUGCAUUUUUAAUAUGGAUUUUUGACCAGGAGAUAAUUUGAAUCUUUGGAUUUUAAGGAGUUUUUAAUUGUUUUUGCAUUCUUUCAGACAAGCACAUUAAUAAGAGCCUUGCCUUACGAAUAUCUGAAUGUAGAGCAGAUACUGGUGGACUCAGAGGCACAAUGUGCAUCUAUCUCACCGAUGAACAUGUUGGCAUACCUUUUAGGUGCCGUUUCUGGUAGUGCCAGAUAUAUGUGCAGGCUUUAGAAUGGGAGAAGCACAGGGGGAUGAAUCAUUGUAGCAACCCAAGACAAGCCUCAUGUACAGAGGCAGAAGAGUAUGGAUUACCCCAGAUAGCAUUUACAUUGUUUUCAAUCUUUGAUAUUGCAAAGCCUUGAUGAUGCAGAAAGACUGAUUUCUGAAAGGACCACUCCAUUCAGCCAGAGAUGUCAGCAGCAUACCACCAUGAGGAACAAAAGCAAUACAGGCUGCAUUAGGCAACAGGAUUUUUCUGUGACCGUGGUUUAAGGACACAAGUCAGGCAAAGGCUUGUUCCUGUGAUGUGUAUAGCCGUGAACAGUGGAAUAAACCCAUGUGCUCAGUGAAAGCAUCCAAAGGAAUUUGGGCAACACAGGAAAAAAUCAAAUAUGAUGAAGAAUGAAGAAACUAAUUUUAAUAUGGGUAGUACCCGAACGUCUCCCUUCUCCCACUGUCUGCAGCCACUGAGCCCUGUUACAAAGCCACACAGAACAACUCCGUUUGGUGAAGAAUUCAGACCACACCUCUCACAUUUCCACUAUGGCCCUUCUCCUCUUGGAGACAUGGAAACAUUCCAGGGGUCCUUGGAAGGAGGGUCUCGGAAGCGCAAGAGCAUGCCGACAAAAAUGCCUCCUUCUAUCGCCCUUGAGGGUUCCUCAUCACCACCAGAUAGAUCUGAGGAUCACAAUGACAUAGGCUCUUCCAGUCUGCCCUUAGUGUUUCAACAGCCAGCACAGCCCAAGUACAGUUCCCAGAUGAUUGACCUCUGUAACUUUGGUUUUCAGUUCUAUAGAAGUCUGGAGCACUGUGGAACCAAACCCAUUAAGCAAGAACCAGUGAAGCCUAACAUGGCAUGGGCCAGCAGCCCAGCAUUCAUGCAGGCUCCUUACCCUUAUUAUCCUAAAGUCCACCCUGGAUUAAUGUUUCCUUUUAUUGUGCCACCAAACUUUCAUUUCAGGAACCCCUUUCAAAUGAAAAGACCUCCAGAGCCACCCUUCAGGAGGGCUGAAGUAAGAGGAGGUGGUGAAAAUAAACAGAAAGUGGAAAGAGUAGAUGUCAACCUUCAGAUAGAUGACAGUUACUAUGUUGAUGUGGGGGGUGAACAGAAACGCUGGCAAUGUCCCAUGUGUGAGAAGUCCUAUACAUCCAAGUACAAUUUGGUCACGCACAUCUUGGGGCACAGCGGCAUUAAGCCACAUGCUUGCACCCGAUGUGGCAAGCUUUUCAAGCAGCUAAGCCACUUGCACACACAUAUGUUGACACACCAGGGCACCCGGCCACACAAGUGCCAGGUGUGCCACAAGGCUUUCACUCAAACUAGUCACCUUAAGAGACACAUGAUGCAACACAGUGACAUCAAGCCUUACAACUGCAGGAUCUGUGGCAGAGGUUUUGCCUACCCCAGUGAGCUAAAAGCACACGAGUCGAAGCACGAGAGUGGCCGAGAGAACAUUUGUGUGGAGUGUGGUCUGGACUUCCCAACCCUGGCCCAGCUGAAGAGACACUUAACAACCCACCGUGGCCCUAUACAGUACAAUUGCACCGAAUGUGAUAAGACCUUCCAGUACCCAAGUCAGCUGCAAAACCACAUGAUGAAGCACAAAGACAUCCGCCCGUACAUCUGCACUGAAUGCGGCAUGGAGUUUGUGCAGCCCCACCAUCUCAAACAACACUCCCUGACUCACAAGGGUGUGAAAGAGCACAAAUGUGGAAUUUGUGGCCGGGAAUUUACUCUGCUGGCCAACAUGAAGCGACAUGUCCUGAUUCACACCAAUAUCAGAGCCUAUCAAUGCCAUUUGUGCUUCAAGAGCUUUGUGCAAAAGCAGACUCUCAAGGCCCACAUGAUUGUUCACUCUGAUGUCAAACCCUUUAAAUGCAAGCUUUGUGGAAAGGAAUUUAACAGAAUGCACAAUUUAAUGGGACACAUGCACUUGCACUCAGACAGUAAACCUUUCAAGUGCCUCUACUGUCCCAGCAAAUUCACUUUGAAGGGGAACCUAACCAGGCACAUGAAAGUCAAACAUGGGGUGAUGGAAAGAGGAUUUCAUUCUCAAGGUUUUGGAAGAGGAAGAAUUGCUCUGUCACAGACAAAUGUCUUGAGGAGCUUGGAACAGGAAGAGCCCUUUGAUCUUUCCCAGAAAAGCCAAGGGAAGACAAUCUCAUUUCAUUUGGAUGGUGAGAGUGCCAAGGGCAACUUGUGCCAGGAAGAAGAGGAAGACAACUGCUAUGAGGCAGAGCAGUACAGCCCCACCACGUACCACCAUGAUGACAACAAGCUGUAUGUGGCUCAAGAUCUGUCUGGCAAACGUGAGUGCAUGAUGAAGGACUUCAGAGAGUCCUACUGCAAUGAGAAGGAAGUGCUAAGUGAGGAAGGACUGGAGAAGAGAAUAGAAAAUUCAGACAAACAGGAGAGCCAAGGAGAGAGAGACCUUGCAAACAACAAAGAACACCUCAGCUUUAGAGCCUUUGAAAAGGCCAGGCUUGGCCACUCUCUCUCUGAUUACUUGUAUUUCAAGCACAGGAACAAGAGUUUGAAAGAAUUGCUGGAAAGAAAAAUGGAAAAACAAACAAUGCUUAUAGGCAUUUAAAACGGACAUUUUAAAACAGCUGGAAAAUUGCAACCAGAUAGCUUUUAACAGGAACUACAAUUUACCAAAGCCUGGAAGUUUGUAGUAGUCUUUAGAAAUAAGAAAGCCAAAUUAAUAAAAAUAGUUUCAGGUAGAACACAUACAUUGAAAAAAUAAAGCAGUUCAAGGUCACCAAGAAAUGCAAUAGAUAUUGAACAAUAACAUUUUUAUACUUAUCCAUUUGAUGUAGACAAGGGGGUGGGUACAGAAGUUUAUUUUCCUUUAUCUGGGGUGGUAGAGACUUAUAUGCAAUUUUCUAGUUAUCAACAAGCAGCAUACUUUAGUGUUUGAUUUAUUAUCUGACUAAAUAUAUAUGAACACUUCUAACUAUAUGUCUCAAAAACUCUGAAAAUACUAAGAAUUUCAAAGUAUAAACAAGAGUACUGUUAAACAUCAUGUGCAUGAAAGUUCUAAGAGUGAAUGAACUAACACAGUCCAAAUACUUUCAUUUGCUGAAGUGACUGUUAAUUCAACCACUUAAAAUGAGAAAUGGGAAACAAAUUAAGAAGAAAUACUAAUGUUUUGUGAGAUAGUGGAGUGCAGCUCUGUAAGGCUUUGAAAGGGCUGGAAUUUAUUACAGUCACAGAAGCUUUUCCUCUGGCACAAGGGAUGUUUGUGCUUUGCUAUAUAUCAGUCAGUGAGGGAAUAUUCAGCAAUUCUUAAAGUAAAAUAGCAUGGGCUGUGUUGACAUUUUGUUCUACUGUCUACUCAGACAACUGAUAAGCAGCAGCAGCAUGUAGCAUUUGCAAGGCUUGCUGUAAUUACACAUAGAGCAACAUGAGUAAUUCAUUGAGAAAAUGCAAUUUUACCAUUUAUCUCUUCAGUUUAUCUUGGCUAGCAAGGAUGAUUUUUAAAUACACAAGUCUGAUCAGACUGUUUUAGAAGGUAUGCCAAAAAUCAGCCCUUACAGGGCAAGCAGUGCCUCACAGAGGAAAACUGGUUUUGGAUUUCCUCUUGUCAGAGUCACAAUUUUUCUCUUAUCAUCAUGGCUUGACCAGUAAGCUCCAGUAAAACUUGCUGGUUUUACUGAGUCAUUCUCAGCAUUUAAUCCUCUGAUUCCCAUACAAUUACAUGUUCAUAACAAAGAUGCUGAAAACACAUUCCAUUAAUUGCAUGAAUAACUCACCGGCAUCUUGAUGCUUGUGUCUUCCAGAUAGGUGACAAACAGCCCCACACCAUCCUAUUGCUUAUAAGGAAGUAAAGUUUUAAUCAUUCAUUUAAUUAGUCUUAUGUCAUUCUGACAUCCCAGCUCAAAAGGUUAAAAUCCAUAUAUAUGGUACAUCUUUUCCAAAUAUUGCUACCUUCUUAACUGUCAAGUCCUUGAUUUGAAAUGCCUUGCUCGAUAUAUAGCAAGUUAUAAUUAAAUAUAGUCAUAUACUUAUGGCUUGCUAAGGCUAGAGUCAUGUAGCUGCAGCCCUCUCUCAUUUUAAGAAACCACUCACAGGGCUAAUGAUUCUCACACCUACCAGUUAAUCACAAUUCAUAGGGCAGCGGCCCUUACUCAGCAUAUAAAACUGUGUUUGUGUAGUCUAAGGUUGCAGAAGGUAGUUUCAUUUUUCAGGGCUCAAACACAGCAUAGUAAAGAUUCUGAAUGAAGAACAGAAAAAGUGGUUGAUAAAAGAAGCUGUAACAUAAAGGUGACUAUUCAAAAUGUAAUUAACUCUACAGCUAAUGUACAUAAUUUUUUAAAAUAAAAAGGGGAUAUUGAAUUGAGGUAGAAUGUAGGUCACUUGAGACCUAGAACUAAUGAUGUCUUUCAAAAUGAGGUGUAUUUCAGAGGUACAUAGCGUGUUAUUUCAAUGAUGAACUGUCUUAUAUACAUUCAACUUCCUUGCUUCCACCGCAAGGUAAGUCCUCUUAAAAAAGCAGACAUCUUUCUUUCAAGGAAGUUACUGUGAUCAAGCAGAAGAAUCGUAAAAUGUUUAGUGAUAUUUUUAGUGAUGUGUGUAACUGCAUUCUUUAUUAAACUAGAGGGGAAAUGAUUAGAUAGAAAUCCAGCAUGGUCUAGGAGAUCGUCUCUCAGAGACGGCAACAAGUCCUUUGGUUACCUUCUUGGCAAUAUCAUGUCUCUGCCAGACAAAAGCUCCAAUCUGAGAAUGUAUACAGCCAAGGGCUGGGAGCCAUUGACUCUAAGAAAUGUCUUUCUCAAGGUGGUGUAGUUUCCAGCUGUGCAUGAUUCAAGAUCAGUCCACUCCACCUUUGCAGCCAUAUUAGUUCCUAUGACAAGGUGAAUAAGCAAAGAAUCAGGAAUCUGGUUGCAAUUUCUAGAAUGCUGAUCAUGCAGAUUAGUUGAAUUAAGCAAGUGUCUUCACUUCUGUGGUGGGUAAAGCAGAAAGGCAUGCAGCCCUUCCAUUGCAUUGGAGAGUGUUAUGGAACAGCUAGGCAAUCCUUAUCAAGAAAGAGACAAAUGAUUACCUAUCAAUAGCACUCCAGGCAAAUGGAGCAAAGGAGACAUUUUCAGCAGGGCUCUGCUGCCAGUAGAUAACAUUGUAACCACAAAAAUUAUGUCUACUGGAACCAUGCAGUCCAGAGUUCCCUUAAAGAACUUGUAAGGGAAAGUGCCAGAUGUGUCCUUAGGAAAGGGAAUCACUGCAAACAGUUUUGGGUUGCCUCAAUGCUUAACCCAAACACUUUCAAUGGCACUGUCACUGCAGCCAAGUUACCCACUUCUACAAUCCCACUUCUCGCUGGAGCAAAAGCAACUGCCAAACACAUACAGCCAGGCUGAAAGGAGUAGAGGUCCCUGAAUGGCAAUGCUAUUUGGGAGUAAUAUUAAUGUGAAUCCCUUUCCUUACGUUCUUCCUAGGAAGCAGAGAAUAUUCCAUUAGAAAGCAGCCUUGAGACUGUACCCAGUCACAUAGUCAUAUAAGUUAAUUCACAAACACCCAAGACUAAUUCAUGUUAGAACAGUAAAGAGCUCAUCUAAAACCCUAAGUCACUGGUCAGAGGAAUUGCAAACAAAACUAUUACCGAGAUAAGAAGACAGUGCCAAGUGACCCAUGCAAAGACAUUAGGAGAUGAUAGUCCUCUGUAUUGCAGAGCCUAAUGCAGCUGGGUCUAAGACAUUUGUUACAAAGAGGCCCCAAGGGACAAAUUAAAAGUGAAGUAACAGCCAUCAUUGUGAAACACUUUGCUUUUCAAACGUAUUUACAUUGGCACCAUUUUGGGAACAGACAGUAACAGCCUUUGGUUUUUAAUAGCUUUGAAAAUGCUGUAUAGUAAUUUGCUCUCAUAAUAAAGUUAUUUCCCAUCUCUAAUUUUCGAGGGAUUAGCUUCCUUGUUUUGCUUUCAAUAGAGGCUCAGAAGUCCUGUAGAGACAUUGCUUGUGUCCAGGACCUUAGGGGAUAUAUUUUCUCUUUUUCCUCCUUCCUAAUCUAUCUACCUUCUUCUUGCUAUGUUGUGGAAAAAAAAAUGUAUUUAUCUGACUCUUCUCUGCUAUUUGGGUUUUCAGCUCAUGGUAACACAUGAAAGUAAAGCCCAGCCUCCACCACUUGUAUAUUAAAUCACAUCCAUACCGUUUCCCUGCAUUACUAUAUGAAGCCUAACUUCACCCUCCUGCAAAGCAUCAGAGCAAAGUAGAGUGGCCACAAACUCAUAUAACUCAGGUGUUUUUCAAACUCAUACAAAAUGAGAUACUUCAAGAAGCUGUGCUGAAGAAAGAUAAAUUGGCCACACUAUGAGUCUAAGCAAGUGAAGGCAAGUGGUUUGUUAAAUUCGAGGCUUUUCUGCUGUUAAGGGCAGCAGGGAGAAUUCUAGAAGACACUGUAAAGAACAGAGUAGGUGGAUGAAAUGUCAAAAUCUGGGUUUGUAAAAUCUGAAGGUAAAGAAAGACAACACAUUUACUGAGAAAGUGAAGUUGUAGGUCACCCUGGAACAAGCUGUUUUGAACGGCCACCAGGACUCAGCUGACUCCUAGUAAACUUGAGUUCUGGCUGCCAGGCAGCCUCCAGUCAGUGAAGGGAAAGACAGGUGCUCUGUGUUCAGCAACUCAAAGGAUAAAACACUUCAUGAUAAUAUUAUAAUAGAAGUUCUGUGCUUUGUCCUAUAAAACGAGCUACUGCAAAGACCAAGUAAUGCUACUAUACCCAUCUUUUUACAACUCUGUGUUUGUCCACUAGCUAUUCUCAGAUUUCUGUCUUCUUAUGGUGCUGCUGGACUCCGCUGUUGUGAGUGUACAGUUAAGAAGUAAUAUAAGUACUAUAUUUAUUAUUCCAAGGAGUUUUUAAUAAUUAUUAAUAGUUUUGCAAAUAAGUAAUGUCUGCUCAGCUGAACAAGAUGUAACAGAGCUAACAUUUUGUACUCCUAACAGAUUUUGCAAAUACUGUGGUGUAUAUUUAUUUAACAUAGAAUGCUGGGUUCCUAUCUAAAGACCCAACUCAAAAAACAGGCCAACUAUCUGUGAAGAUUUAGUUUCUGACUUUCUAUCUCAAUAGUAAAAGCAUGUAUGAUGUAUUGUAUUAAUUUAAGCAAAUAAACAUGUACUGGAGAAACUGCUGUA